AUGUCCGAAUCCGAAGACGUAGCUGAUGCUAUUUUCAAGCUUCUUAUCAUCGGAGACUCUGGGAUCGGCAAAUCUUGUUUUCUUCUUCAAUUUACUGAAGGUCGCUUUAAGGACGACCACGCAGUUACUAUUGGAGUUGAGUACGGUUCAAAAAUGCUCACAGUGAAUGACAAACGUGUAAAAUUACAAAUUUGGGACACAGCAGGACAAGAAGACUAUCGCUCAAUCACCAGAAGUUUCUAUAGAAAUGCCCAUGGAAUUAUUUUAAUGUACGAUCUUACAAGGACUGAAACUUUUGAUCAUUUGCCUGACUGGCUUAAAGAGGCAAGGCAGAAUGCUGGAAAUGAUGUAAUGAUAUUUUUGGUUGCAAAUGUGCUUGAUUUAGCUGAUGAAGAAAGAGAGGUUUUUGCGGAAUCUGGAAGGGCGUUUGCCCAAGAAAAUAAAUUGAGUGGGUUUAUUGAAGCCUCUGCAAAAACUUCAGAAAAUGUCAAAGAUGUAAGUAUUCUAAAUAGGGUCUUUACAAAGUUUUCUGAAAUCUUGUAUCAGAAACAUGGAGAAAGGAUGGCAAAGGAAGCUAGCAAGGUGGUUACGAAGCCUUUAGCUGCAAGUGUGAUUAUUAAACCUACACAACCAAAGAAAAAAGGAUGCUGCUAG